CUGGUGCGGAAGAGGUGGGACCUGCAAGGGAGAGGCGGUGCGAUUGGAGGGAAGGGAGACGACCGGCGUGGAGGGCUUCUGCAGAGACAGGAAGAAGAUGUUAAAAAUUAUAAGCAACCAUCCCGGUAAUGGAUCUCUGUCAAGAAAGUGAGACUGAUUUAGAAAAUAAUGAAAAGAAUGAAAUUCAAAGCCCAGAAGAAACUGAACUAACCUUUACUUGCGCAGAUGAAAGAAGUGAAAAAAAUCAUGUUUACUGUCUUCUCCACAUCAGUGACCUUACUCUGGAAGAAGAUACCAGAACCGACGAGUGUGUGAUUGGCACUGGGUGGGAAGACGCUGUCCAAGGCUGGGGUAAGACUGCUCCCACCGCCUGCGUCUGGCCCAGGAAGAAACCGAAAAAGGCGAGAGGAGGCGACAGCACCAGCAGCAGCUGCUUGCUCUGUACCAGCCUCUCCCCAGCGAGCUCAGAGGCGCGGUCCCCGGGCGAGCCCAGGAAGGUGGAGGCGGGGGCUGUGGCCCCGGCGAGCUUAGAGAGGAAUCAGGACUCGAAGACUCAGGGGCCCUUUCGGGGCCCGAGCACGGCGCCCAGGGAGGCCGGCAGGGUGUGCUUUCCCUCCGACAUCCCCGAAGGAAAAAAAAGCCUGCAAGUCAAGGAGUACACCUGGCGCGCGGAGGACUGGGCCGUCCCGGGAGUGAGGGGCGCGGCCGCCUCCCUGAGCUCCAAGGCCCUCCUGGUCCUGCCGCCCCUGAGACCCUCACCCCAGAACCGGCCCGCGGCUCCGAGUAGCAAGACUAAGAACUUUUUCUGCCAGUCCGAAGAGGAGGCGCCGAGCGUGGACAAGGAAGAGAGUGAGGCCUAUGCACACGGAUUGAAAACAGCAGACGGGAAAGCGGAGCAGAGACCCCCGGGGCAGGCCCGGGGCCGCCCGCCCAGCGAUGCCCUGCCUGGCACUGCCCCUGCCCCUCUCCCUGCCCCUGCCCCUCUCCCUGCCCCUGCCCCUCUCCCUGCCCCUGCCCCUCUCUCUGCCCCUGCCCCAGCGGCCCGGUCACUGCUGGAUGCGGAGCGGUGCCACCUGGGCUGGUCCCUGCUGCCCGCGCGGAGCUCUGGGUGCCCUCCGCACCCCGGCGCCCUCCCCUACCUCGCCACCUUGCAGCUCCUGCAGAAACGCGGCCUGCAAGGCUACAGAGACAGGCUCAGAGCCAGGGCCCUGGGCGCUCCCAGGAGCUCCCCGAAGCACGCUUUCCCAGCGGCAAGGCCGGGGGACGGGCCCCGCGUGCUGGAGACCGAGGUGCUACCGAGUUCUCUGCUGCCGACCCUCACCGUGAAUAGAGUGGUCAUCCCCGUCUCCACGCACAGAGUCCUCUGACUGUGACAAUAGAGUUCCCUGAGGAGCACUGCCGGGC